CAUGUUCUAUGCUGCUGUUGGCCCAUAAUCUUGUUUAGCAGUCUGUAGACCCUGCUGAGCAGGAGAAUUGAACCCUUGAACCUUCUGCUUACAACAGAGGGGCUGUAUUCAGUGGUUGGGAAAACAAGAUAAUUUUUUUUUACUGAGCAGAAAAUAUUUUGGAUUGUUUGUUGGACAGGUCUUGUUAAAUAGUUCAACAGGCAGUGGGGAAAAGAGGGAAAGGAAGAGUGUUGCAGACAGGAGGGGAAUAGAAAGUGUCUACCCCUGUUACUUGCAACAUAUAGUGCAAAAAUUCCUUCUAGGCCAUUCCUUAUCUUCUAAAAUAAAUGGGGCUUUCCAAAGACCCUCCAGAGAAGAAAGAUGAAGCAGUAUAUCUGCGAAAGAAGAUCACGUUACUCAGAGCCAUCUCUCUGACGAUUGGAUCCAUAAUUGGAAGUGGAAUCUUCAUAUCACCAAAAGGGGUUCUUAAAAAUUCUGGCAGUGUGGGCCUCUCACUUAUUGUAUGGGUGGCCUGUGGCAUCCUUUCUAUGUUUGGUGCUUUGUCAUAUGCUGAUAUUGGCACCACUAUCAAAAAGUCUGGAGGACAUUACAUCUAUUUGCUGGAGACUCUGGGUCCUGUGCCUGCAUUCUUGCGGCUAUGGGCAGAAUUCGUCAUGAUUCGGCCAGCAAACAUAGCGGUUGGCUGCUUAGCAUUUGGGCGCUAUUUAAUAGAGCCCUUUUUUGCUCCUUGUCAUGCACCUUCCGUGACUAUCAAACUGAUUAGUGUCAUUUGUAUCACAUUUAUCAUUGCCCUGAACUGUUGGAGUGUCAGCUGGUCAGCAAAUGUGCAGAUGUUAUUUACAGUACUGAAGUUGGUUGCAAUUGGGUUGAUCAUAGUCCCUGGGAUCAUCGCUCUAGGGAAAGGACACACAGAAAACUUCCAGAAUAUGUUCGACACAACAUCGUUGAAACUGACAGAACUCCCACUUGCAUUCUACUCUGGCAUGUUUGCCUAUAGUGGCUGGUUUUAUAUAAAUUUUGUAACAGAAGAAAUGAUAAAUCCAGAAAGGAAUAUCCCGAUAACAGUAAUAGUUUCUCUGAUUCUUAUCACCAUAUGUUACCUUCUUGCAAAUGUCUCCUAUUACACCAUCCUGACUGUAGAUGAAAUUUUGGCCUCUGAAGCUGUAGCCGUAACCUUUGCUGAUCAGACACUCAAACAUUUCUCAUCGGUGAUUUCCAUCCUGGUGUCAAUGUCAUGCUUUGGAGCUUUGAACGGAGGAAUCUUUGCCUCUUCAAGGAUGCUGUUUGCAGCUGCCAGGGAAGGUCAUUGGCCAUUUUUAUUUUCAAUGAUUCAUGUCAGGAGAAACACACCGCUUCCUGCUCUGCUAUUAAUGAUGCCUCUGGUUUUCUUGAUGAUUUCUAUUGGGGACCUCUAUGGUCUGUUGAACUUCUACAGCUUCUCUCGUUGGCUCUUCCUGGGGUUGGUUACCCUUGGACUUAUGAUACACCAGCGGAGGUACCCUCAUCUACCCCGACCUUUCAAGGUUCCAUUGAUCAUACCCUUCAUGUUUACUACCCUGAGCCUGUUCAUUGUGGGGAUGUCACUGUACUCAGAUCCAGUAAAUACAGGCAUUGGCUGUGCGAUCACUUUGAGCGGUCUGCCCGUGUACUACCUUACGGUCCAUAAAUCAAGAUUGCCACGACAAUGGACAGAUGUAUUCUAUUACUUGACUGUAAAGCUACAAGUGCUGAUGGAAGUGAUUCCUCAAGAAAUACAAACAUAUUAAAUGUGAACAUGCCAAACCGGAUACUGCAAUUCAGUAUUUGUCAUACAAUCUGUUUAUCAAGUGCCCUUGAUUACUGCAGAAAGAGGUUCUCCCCAUUACCAUCCAUCAUCUUUAUUUCAUUUUGACCUGCAUAAUGGACUUAAAAAGUUAAAAGUUAAACACAUCCUAGUUAACUGGUAAUUAUCCUUUACACAUCAGUCACAAUGUAUGUGGGGUCAAUGUUCAAUCAGUUUGAAUUACAAUACAAGGUAGAAUUUGACUACAUAAACUAUUACAAUCAGCCUGAAAUCGAAUGCACUGUAAUAGAAACCAUGGGGGGUUUAAGUGUUAUUAAUCAGUGUGAGUUUAAAUUUGAGAAGGAACUCUCACCCAGCACUUAUUUUACUUAUCCACUACCAGAAGCAGCAACACAUCACUGAAGUGGUCAUAGUGCUUGGAGUAGCCCUUUAAUUAAGCAGAUCUGGUGUAUAAAGUAUGCCCCUGCAGACUCACUGCUCAAUUUUCUGCUGUUUAGUAAUUAAAAUAAUUUGUCUAUG